AUGACGAAGAGCAGCCCAAGGACAUCAGUGUCAUUUGAAAUUGAAAAGGGAAACAGGACAUUAAGCUUCAAGGCGCCUGUGGCUCAGUUCCGCCUGAAAGUGAAGAGAGGAGAAGAAAUGGAGAGAGACAGCAUUGAGGGAGAGAACCUGAGAGGAAGCAGAGAUAAAGGAGUAGUGGUCAUCUUGUUUUUCAAUGGUGGCACAGGGGGACAGGCACAUCUGGGUGAGGUGACGUUAAGCCCGCAGAAGAAUUUGCUAAUAGGUCUGCACGGAAGAGCUCAGGCUCUGUGCGAAGCAGCUGGCAAGGACCGAGAAGUCAAGAUAACUCAUCGACAGAAACCCAAGCCGACAAGACACAAACCUUCCGUCUAUUCUCACACCAGCUGCACAUUAGGGUUUCUUGUCAAUGGUGUGAAAGAACCAUUCUGUGAACUUCCUGAGCUGAGCUGCUGCCGUCUGGCUUUCCUCCUGCAGUCGCAUGUUGUCCUGUCUCAGGUCGUGCUGCAGCUGCCUGAGAAUCACUUCCAGUUGGUUGACUUUGCCGCCUACUCUGCUUCCAGCGCUGCUCCCUCCGCCUCCACCACCCGCCUCGUCAGCUCUCUUGAGAUCUGCAGAGCCUCGGCCCUCUGCAUGUCCGUCAUUGUGCAGAAAGACGCCACACCUGUAACCAACACUAGACUGGUAUCCCCACAGGCCAACACCCAGCCCUCUCAAUUUCAAAGGCGGGUCCCCCACAAAUCCCACGGAGGUUCAAAAGAGGAAUGUUGUGGGAGAAUUAGCUGUGAACUGCCUUUCCUUUACGUCAGCGACACAUUGCCCUGCGUCUGUGAAAGGGUCGGACAAGCAGACAUUGUGGCUGGCAAGGAAAGCCCCUGUGCACCUGCUCACCCGUACAAAGACUGGCAUCGGGCCUCCGAGCUGGGCCCGGGCCCGGGCCCCGGCUCUGGACCUGAGCUGCUGGUCUGGGGGAUGGUGUACACCUUGGAGGAGUCAGCAGAUAUACAGUACCUGGCACCACGGGCCAGGGGACUGCCCGAGUGGUAUGGGUCACAGUCUGUUGAGAAGGACUUGGGGUGGCCCUGCUCCCCCACCCGAUUUUGCAGCAACACCCGGGCCCCGGGGGGCACGCAGGGAUUAGUGUCUAUGCCGCUGUCAGUUGAAGCCCCUUUGAUAGGGUUCAGGAUCUUGGUGGAGGGGAUGUGCCAUUUGGUCUCUGUGAGGAACCAUGAGAGUACAGGAGGUAGACGUUACAUGCUCUUGAAUCAUGCCUGCAUGAAUGAAAGUGACUCGGACUCACCUGCAGACCUGGUCCUCUCCAGAGUGGGCUCCCUCUCCCUGCGGAUCUCUCCAUCGCCUCCCUGUAUGUCCCCUGCCCGUUCGUGGAGGAUGGGGGAGGGACAUCUGGAGCAAGAAAGAACAGGAAAAAUGACUAGUGACAGGAUGAGUUUCUUUUAUGGGCUUUGUACUCCCCAUCAGUACCACUACGAGCACGGCUGGGAGCAGGAACAGACUUUGUGCUGA